AUGACUACUGGACAAGGGUUUGGUGUCGGAUCGCGCGUGGUGACGAGUCCUGAGGGGCAUCCUCGGACACUGUUCUGCCGGGAGCUGCGCGGCCAAGGCGGUGAAAAACCUGGAGGCUUCGCCACAGCGGCUCUUCAGGUGUCUCCAGCGUGUGUUUCGGUGGUCCCGCAGCGCUACAUGCCCUAUAAUAUAGGGGAUUGUCGCUAUAAAUUCGCCUACAGAAGAUGGCGACCGCUGAAAGAAAUCCCUGUAAAGCUGCCAAUGCUUCAUGGCCACUUUCGCGCUCCAUCUCCCUUCGCCGUCCCCCAUCGAGGCGAGAUGGCCUCUCAGUUCCCCGCGUCCUUUGUCGACCCUUGGCGGGAUCUCAUUGGCGCCCACGAACAUGAGCAAGCCCACGACUUCCCAGCGUACAGCGCCGGCACCCUCGCGCCCCUCGUCACCACGAGCACCCUGACCGAGCUGUACGUCGGCACCGGGCACACCAUUUACGAGCGCGCUCUCCUGCCCGCCAUCCGCAGCGCCAAGCGGUCGGUCCAUCUCGUCACCUGCUUCUGGGCCGACUCGCCCACGGCCAACUCCAUCCGCGCCACGCUCUUUGAGCUGGCGGCGUCGCGCGCCAGCCAGAGCGACCUGCCGCCGCUGCGCAUCACCAUUGGCUUCUCUUCGCGUGGCCUGGUACAGAAGCUGUUCCACACCUCGUCCAGAGACGGCCAUGUCUAUCCGCCCUCGGCGUGGAAGGCGCUGAAGCUGCCGGAUCAGCAGACCUUGCAGAGCGGGUCGAUUGAGCUGACUGUCAAGACACUCUUUUUCACACCUUUUAGUGUCAUGCAUCCAAAGUACCUCAUUAUCGAUGAAGCCGAGGCAUGGGUUCCCAGCUGCAACGUCAGCUGGGAGAAGUGGUUCGAAGGGUGCGUGCAGCUGCACGGUGGUGCUGUGCAGUCUCUGCUGUCCUUCCAUGAGCGCGUCUGGGGUUUCGGGGCGAGUCCCCGAGAUGCGACUUUGACGCAUCGCAUGCAAUCAAACGGUACGGCCAUGGACCGACCUGCAACUGCAUCGCUUGGUGGGCACGCCGCUGCGGACCUUGCUGGCACUGUUGAUACCAUGUCGCCAACUCAAUCGGUCAAGGUGAAUCUAGAGUCGACUCCCACAAUUCUUCUGCCUUCCUCUCACCAUCGGAAUCCUGGUUUCAGUUGGAUUCCCUUCCUUCGGAAACCGAACCCACCAGUGACACCCCUGAACGCUGCAAUUUUGACCUUGUUCGCCAACGCCCAGCACAGCGUUGUGCUUGUGACGCCCAAUGUCACGUCCAAGCCUGUGAUGCACGCAAUACUUGCCGCACUCGGUCGAGGCGUGUCAGUUGAAAUCAGGACCAAUGAAUCCAUGAUGCUUCUCGAGCAGCUGGCCACGUGUGGAACCACCACCAGUCGUUGUAUCAACAAGUUGAUAAAGGAGUACUCAAGACUGGCAGGUAUACAUGAUCGUCGAUCCCGGUCCGAUCUAGAAGCCCAGCCUCAUCCCCUGGGGCAGUUGACAGUAUAUUAUUAUCAGCAUCGUCCGGAGCGAGAGGGCCAGCCUGACGAGCCCGUCGUGAGCCACUUCAAAAUGACAAUGGUCGACGACACCUAUCUUCUACUGGGCUCGGGAAACAUGGACAGAGCUAGUUGGUGGACGAGCCAGGAGCUGGGUAUUCUGUUCUAUGUGCCUGGGUUUGCAGAAAGGUUUCUGUGGGAGAAUGUGCUGCGCGUCCGUGGGCGGCGCGCGUUUCCUCCGGAAUAG